GCACUUGUCGGGAGUACCGAAACGAUUGAUGUUGUAAUGCGCAUUCAUUCAAAGCUUUAACCCGAUCCUAAUCCUCCCUUUCUCACCACCACAACCAUCUUGUCAUCUCACACUCUUCUUCUCAUUCACUCACACAAAGAUGGCUCCCACAGCAACCACAAACGGCCACCAAGCAGGUCAACAAGAAAUUGACUGCUUAGUGGUCGGAGGCGGUUUCGCAGGUGUACAAUUACUGUACACAAUGCGCAAACAAGGCUUCAAUACCAAGUUGUACGAAGCAAUGCCUGGUUUUGGUGGUAUUUGGCGUAAUGCUUGUUAUCCAGGCGCUCGUGUUGAUUCAGAAUUACCAAUUUAUGGUUUAAAAUUCCCUGAAGUGUACAGAAAUUGGUCUUGGAGUCAACGUUAUCCUGACUACAAGGAAAUUCGUAAAUAUUUCGAUCACGUCGACAAAGUGUUGGAAUUGAGUAAGGAUUGUCAGUUCAACACUCGAGUUCAUUCGGCCCAUUGGAACGACGAAACUUCUCGUUGGGAUAUCACUGCUGGCGAUCAACAAAAUCCAACCAAAAUUUCAGCAAAGUACUUCUUCUUGUGCAUCGGUUUUGCAGCAAAGAUCAACUGGCCUGAUAUUCCUAACCGUGAUCGUUACAAGGGUACACUCUAUCAUUCCGGAUUCUGGCCUGAAGGCUUGGAACCUGAACACCUACGUGGCAAAUCAAUCGGUUUGGUAGGAACGGGUGCUUCUGGUGUUCAAAUCACACAAGCAUUAGGAAAAGUUGCCAAAGACAUGACAGUCUUUGUUCGUACUCCAAAUUUGACUUUGCCAAUGGAAAACCCAAAGAUGAGCAAAGAAACCCAAGAUCUUUUCCGUGACGGUUGGGAUGCAGUUUAUGAAAAACGUAACAAGACGUUUGCAGGAUUCCACUAUGACUUUGACUAUGAUGAUUGGACUCGUCAUACGCCCGAACAACGUGAAGCAUUCUACGAAGACAUUUGGUCAAGGAAAGGAUUCCACUUUUGGCUGGAAACAUAUGCUGAUGUUUAUUUCAAGAAAGAUUGCAACGAUACAGCUUAUGCAUUCUGGCAUAAAAAGACUGCACCAAUGGUGAAAGAUGAAAAGAAACGUGCGAUCCUUGUUCCUCCACCAGACAAAGCUCAUCACACUUUCGGUACCGUUCGUCCUUCUUUGCAAGUUGACUACUACGACAUCCUCAAUCAAGACAACGUUGAUGUAAUCAGUGUAAAGGAGAACCCUAUCAAAACAUUCACAGAAACAGGUGUUGAAUUAAGCGAUGGAAAGAAGGUCGACUUUGAAGUGUUGGCGUUGGCAACCGGAUACGAUACGCACACCGGUGGAUUCUUGCAAAUUGACAUUCGCGGAAAGGGCGGGAAACCAUUGACUGAACAUUGGAAAGAAGGUUGCAAGAGUCAAUUGGGUUUGGCAACUUCAGGUUUCCCAAACAUGUUCUUUGCUUAUGGUCCUCAUGGUCCAACGGCUUACAGUAACGGACCUUCAACGACAGACAUUCAAUGUGAAUUUUUGGCAAGAAUGUUAAAUUGGUCGAAGGAAAAUAACAUCAAAUCAAUCGAAGCAAAACCUAAAGCAGAACAAGCAUUCGUUAAACGAAUCGAUGAUCUUUCCAAAGCAACACUUUUCCAUCAAUCUCACGGUUGGUAUAUGGGAAGAAAUGUUAAGGGUAAACCUGUUCAAGCUUUGAAUUAUUCUGGUGGUAUUCCAGCUUAUAUCAAAGAUUUGGAAGAGAGUGAAGCUGCUGGUUAUUCUGGUUUCGACGCUGUCAAGGCUUGAUCAAGUAUGCUUCGUGACUUUUUUCAUAUUCUUCUCUUCAUGUAUCUUUCUUCCACUUCAUCUCACGAAUCAAUGACGU